AUGGCAGAUACAGGAUUAUCAGAAAGUAACCAAGUUUCUGAUCCUUCCGGGCGCCCAACCCCUAUGCUUCAGAAUGUAGUUUCAACUGUGAACCUGAACUGCACCCUGGAUCUUAAGGCCAUUGCCCUUCAUGCUCGCAACGCAGAAUACAACCCCAGAAGGUUUGCUGCCGUGGUAAUGAGGAUCAAGGAACCUAAAACCACUGCACUUAUAUUUUCCUCUGGAAAGAUUGUUUGCACUGGUGCCAAAACCGUGCAACAAUCCCAGUUGGCUGCCAGGAAGUAUGCUCGAAUCGUUGAAAAGCUUGGAUUUCAUGUUAAUUUCAAGGAUUUCAAGAUUCAGAAUCUGGUUGCUUCUUGUAACGUUUUGGUCCCUAUCAGUUUAACACGUCUUGCUUGUCAUCAUUAUGAGUAUGCAACAUAUGAACCAGAGUUGUUUCCAGGAUUAAUUUAUCGGAUGAGACAACCCAAAAUCACAGUAUUAAUUUUUCCAUCUGGAAAGCUUGUUAUUACUGGAGCAAAGGAGAGGGUUGAAAUAGAUACAGCUUUUGAGAAUAUAUAUCCUGUUCUCAUGUCUUUCAGGAUAGACAAGAAAGACAAGUAA